AGUGACGCCACAAACCCAGCACGCGCAGGGAAUCGUCCCGGAAUUACCCCGGACAGGGAGAAUAACAGACCGAACUGAAUUAAUUCUCAUGUUCCUGAGAAUUCAUAUUAACGGCAACAAAACUAAAGAUUUGGACUAGGAAUAAAAAGAUGAGCAGAGGUCUCUAUGAGCGUCCAAGCCUUUGACCGGAUUGCUGUGCUGUUCUCCCGUCAGUCGUGAUUCACGGGAACCUUAUUGCUGUGCGACUAACGAUGUUAACGGUGGUCUAAUUUAGAGAUGGUAUAUGCGACAAAUGAGGUAUUCUAGUUGACGGUUUAAAUUACUAUACGUAAAAUAUGUUUUAACAACACGAGAAGCAGGGUGCGCGGUUUGUUUUGCUGCACGACCAGUCUCCUAUAUCUCUUCAGGCUGUCAUGGCGUCUAGGAGGUGACCUCCAGUAACCCUGCUCCCUCUUGACCACAUCUCUAAUCCCUGGCUGGUCCAGCAACAUCCUGAGAAGGUCGGGAGGCAGAGAGAAGAUUAUCAAACUAGACAAGGAGCAGAGGAACACAGAGCAGACGCCUCCGCUAGAGACUGGAGGACGCGUCUGAAGAGCAGAUAUGGGAGAGGGCUGUGAGUACCAGCGCCUUCCCUAUGCCAGAGAAGAGGAGGACGAGGAGAGAGAGAGAGAGAGAACAGAGGGAGGGGCAGGCAAGAUGAUGCAGAUGCAGGCCGAGGAGGGGACAGAGUGGCUGGUGGAGCUGCUGGCAGACGUGCAGCUGCAGCAGUACUUCCUGCGUCUCCGUGACGAGCUCAAUGUCACUCGGCUCUCCCACUUUGACUACGUCAAGAACGAAGACCUGGAGAAGAUCGGCAUGGGGCGCCCAGGCCAGAGGAGGCUGUGGGAGGCAGUCAAAAGGAGGAGAGCUCUCUAUAAACGCAAGUCCUGGAUGAGCAAGUCUCUAUGUCUGGGCCAACAGGUGUUUCCAGGGAAACGACCCGAUGCUGACCUCCAGCAGUCCCUCCCCCAUGGGGCCUCAUCCUCCCCCGCCCUGCCCACUGACGCCUCGCCGCCCGGGGCAGCACUGACCUGUCUGAUCAGGGAGGCGGAGCUUCAGAUGUUUGAGCGACUGGGAGACGGGACAUUUGGGGUGGUGAAGAGAGGAGAGUGGACCGGCCCCAACGGACGAGUGUUGUCAGUGGCAGUGAAGUGUUUGAAGGGUGGCAUGCUGGACUCUGAGGGGCUGGAUGACUUCAUCCGGGAGGUGAAUGCCAUGCACUCUCUCAGCCACCAGAACCUCAUCCGUCUGUACGGGGUGGUCCUCACACAGCCCAUGAAGAUGGUGACAGAGCUGGCUCCUCUGGGAUCUCUGUUGGACCGUCUCAGGAAACGCCAAGGACACAUCCUGAUCUCCUCUCUGUGUGGCUACGCUGUGCAGGUGGCUUGUGGGAUGUCCUACUUGGAACAGAAGCGUUUCCUGCACAGAGACCUGGCUGCCAGGAACGUCCUGCUGUCGACCAAUGACACGGUGAAGAUCGGAGACUUUGGCCUGAUGAGGGCGCUGCCCACACACACAGACACAUACGUGAUGGAGGAGAGCCACAAGGUCCCCUUCGCCUGGUGUGCACCAGAGUCAUUGAAGACCCGGACCUUCUCCCAUGCCUCAGACACCUGGAUGUUCGGAGUGACUCUGUGGGAGAUGUUUACCCACGGCCAGGAGCCCUGGCUGGGCCUCAACGGCACCCAGAUCCUCCACAAGGUGGAUGUGGAGGCGGAGAGGCUGAGGAAACCAGCUGACUGUCCCCAGGAUGUGUACAACGUCAUGCUGCAGUGCUGGAGCCCCAAGCCAGAGGACAGACCCACCUUCACCGCCCUGAGAGACUUCCUCCUGGAGAACAUGCCCACGGAAAUGCGAGCGCUGCAGGAUUUCGACGAGCCGGAUAAACUCCAGAUCAACGUGAACGACGUCCUCACCAUCAUCGAGGGGAGAGCGGAGCACUACUGGUGGAGGGGUCAGGACAGCCGGACUCUGCUGGUUGGUCAGUUCCCUCGUCAUGUGGUGACCUCCGUGGCCGGCCUGUCGGCUCGUGACAUCAGCAAGCCGCUCAAACACUCCUUCAUACACACCGGCCACGGAGACACCGACCCACACCGGAGCUGGGGGCACGCCGACCGCAUAGACAGCCUGUACCUGGGAAACCCCAUGGACCCUCCUGAUAUCCUGGGAAUGGGGCCCUGCGCAGUCAGGCCCACUAAACUCCCCAACCGUGCCAAGAAGCAGCCACCCCCUCGUCCUCCACAGCCUGCUAUGCUGCUGAAGAAACCCUUCUAUGACUCUGUGCUGGACGAUGAUGAUGAAGACUCCGGCGCCUCGUCAGGGCUGAAGAGGCUGGGCGUGUCCCUGGGCCUGAAGCUCCGCCCCUGGGAGGGGCCAGGCGUGAGGUCAGCCCGUAGCGAGGUCUCGCUCAUCGACUUCACCGACGACAGCUUCAGCUCGGCAACGCCCUCGCCGCUCACGGAGACACACCCACUGGACCAAGACACCCUUCAUGUGAGGAAGGACACUCCCUCCAUCCUGGACUGGCCCCUCCCACUACCUGCCUAUGACGAGGUUGCGCAGGAAGACCAAGACCAAUCAGAGGACCAUGAAGUGCGGUCCAUCAACACGGGAUUGGCUGGGGAUACGCUGGCUCUGCCCAGCGCCACAGGAGAGGGGAGAUACGAGUCUCAGUCAGCUGAUCUGUUCCAGGAGCUACAGAGAGAGGUGAUGGUGAAGCUGCAGGUUCCCAUGGCGACCGGACGCUCCCUCCCCUCCUCCCCCCUCCCCCUGGCCCCCGCCGCCCCCCACAGACAGAUCUACCUGCCCCCGACAUCCUACUCCUCCUCCUAUGACGACAGACCCGUCCUCCCACCCCGCACCCCUGUGCCCCCCAUGCGCCCCUCCAAGAUCACGCCCCAGGCCUGGCCGCACCCGCGCACCAGCUCCAUCUCCCUGGGCGACAGGGAGAACACGCCCCCUCAGAUACCGCCCCGAGACCACGCCCUCUCCCAGCCCGCUUCCCGCUCCUCCUCCCCUCUCCCCCUGGUGCCCCCCUUCUCUGUCUCGCCCCAGUCCUCCUCGCCUCUCUCCAUCCCUCCUCCCCCCCUCUCCAUCUCCCCCCGUCAGAGGGCUAGCCUCUGCUGUGUCGGCCCCCUCAGCUCCCUCCUGUCCUCCUCCCCCCCCUCUUCCUCUCCACCGCCCGCCUCUCUGUCCUCCAGACUCACGGUGGCCCCUCCCCCAAGCUCCUCAUUGGACCCCUUCUCAGAAGGCCGGGGCCUGUCGAUGUUGAUUGAUGGCUCUCAGAGUUCAGUCCCCUCCCCUCUGCCAGAUCGCCCCGCCUACCUGGAGAGGUACGGAGCAAACAUGGCUGCCGUCAAGCCCAUGAUGCACCAGCAGCCAGGCAGCACCAAGCCCAACUCCUCCUACAACAACAACAAUGGAAGGACUACAGCUCCUAGCAUGCAACACAGCAUCGCAGAGGUGCAGGAUGCGGUACAUGGUGUUACAGUGGAGGAGUGUGAAGCUGCCCUUCAGAGCCACAAUGGAAAUAUCCCCCAGGCCGUGUGUCAUCUAAAGGUUCAGCAGCUGUUUCGUCUGGGCCUGCGUUCACGGCUGGAGUGUCAGGAGGUUCUAGAAGGUUGCCAGUGGAACCUGGAACAGGCCAGCACCCUUGUACUGGAGUCAUACAGCCGGAACAGGCAAUGAAGACAGAGGACCAGAGCUGCACCCUUCCCUGCACCAUCCAGGCUUCCCGUGGACCCCAGGACCUGCCCCCCUGGCUCUGUGUGGUCCUGCCCCCCUGGCUCUGUGUGGACCUGCCCCCCUGGCUCUGUGUAGUCCU